CCGUCUUCCAAUGUUGACUGCGAAGGUUUCCGUUUUCGGAUUCUGCGUGCCCGAUACGACUGCACGGGAACGGGUCGCAUCAAGAGGGACUCUGCGGUUCAAAGCACCAGUGGUCCUAUGCGAUUCCCCUCCAUUGUUGCUCCAGUAUGCUAAUCUGCCUCAAAGAGAUCUCUAUUCUUUUGGAGUUCUCGUGUGCGAGGUUAUCAAUGAUGGCAACCUCCCUUCUUCGACUGUUCGUGACGUCGACAUUCCAAGUCUUUAGCUUUCCUCUAAGAUGGAACGGCUAACCUUCUUAUCUAGAGCAGCUCCAAAGAAGCUGAAGGCUUCACC